UCCGCCCCGGGCAGCUGUGAAGCGCGGCGGCCGGGCAGUUUUCGGCAUGGCAGUGGACUGGCUCGGCUUUGGUUAUGCCGCUCUGGUGGCAUCAGGAGGGGUCAUUGGCUACGCAAAAGCAGGUAGUGUCCCAUCACUAGCUGCUGGCCUUCUGUUUGGAAGUUUGGCUGGACUGGGCGCCUAUCAGCUCUCACAGAAUCCAAAUAAUGUUUGGAUUUCUCUCCUUACAUCUGGAACACUGACUGCCGUCAUGGGAACAAGAUUUUACAACUCCGGAAAAUUCAUGCCUGCAGGGCUAAUUGCUGGUGUCAGUUUGCUAAUGGUUGGAAGAUUAGCGCUGAAGAUGGUGGAAAAGACCCACGAUAAGUAACUGUUGAUUUUAAAGUUUAAUAUCUGAAUAAAGAAAUCUGAUACUGAAGUUGCAUGAACACAGAAGCAAGAAGAUGGAACAAUUUUCUCUAUCA